AUGUCCACCGACGCGUCCCCGCAGCACCCUGGGCACAUGUCGUCUGCGUACGGGCAGCCGCCCAUGGGCCAGGGCCCUCCUCCCCAGCUCAGCAACCUCAACGACUCGGGCAACCGCUCGUACCAGGACUCUGAGCCUUCGGGCUCUGGCGCCCAGUCGGCUCCUUCGGCGCCAGAGUCGCCUGCCGUGCCCCCACCAACCAAGGGCAAGAACGGUGCAACUGGCCCCGCAGAGGGCAAGCCCAAGCCUCACGUCUGCCCCAUCUGCCAGCGCGGCUUCACCACUGGCGGCCACCUCCAGCGUCACCAGAGGAUACACACCGGUAUCAAGGCCUUCAAGUGCCCCUACCCGGGCUGCGAGACCCGCACCAGCCGACAGGACAACCUCCAGCAGCACUACCGUACCCACCUUUCGCCGACGCUUCGUCGCGGAUCGGGUACCGCUGCCAGGCAGGCCGUCGCCGCUGCCAUGAUGGCUGCCGGCCUCAAGUCGACCAACUCGCGCCAGCCCCGCAAGUCCAAGGGCUCGCAGGUCGGCACGCCUGGCUCGUCGUCGGGCACUAGCGUCGCCCACGGCCAGUCGCCUUACCAGACCCCGACCCAGGCUGCUGCUCCUUACGGAGGCUACAUGUACGACCCCAGCCAGCACGGCUACGCCUCGUACCCUCCUCUGCCUCCCCCCGGUGUCGGCGGCAUGGCCCAGCCCCAGUCGGCCCAGUCGAGCCGCGUUCCCUCGCCCGUCAACGGCCACUCGAACACCAACUCGAUGCCCUCUGCCCACCACCAGCAGUUUUACUCGCAGCAGUUCUCCCCGGCCUACGCUGGCGGCUACCCGGGAUCCAACUACGGCCAGCCGUACCGCUACGGCCCCCAGACCUCGAUGCCCUCGCCUUACGGCGGCGGCCCUCCUUCGUCGCACCACUCGAUGUACUCGCCCGGCAUGGCUCCCGGCCACGACCAGCAGCACAUGUACAGCCCCCUCCAGAACAACUAUGCCCAGCACUCGCGUGACUCGCAGUACUCGGUCAUCACCCAGGGUGGGUACGCUAGCCAGGCUCCUAUGAGCAACGGCUUCCCCGCGAGGACGCAAUCGUCCACGCCUCUUUCUCAAGCGGCUCAUGAUGAGCUCGACCCCCGGUACCGUGGUACUGCUCCUCGUGCGCAAUCGCCCCGUGGACGUCGCCUGACGCCUCCCCAACAGGCUGAAAUGAUCGCUCCCAGUGUCGUUGAGCAUGCCCCCAUGUCGACGAGUACUGGUCAGAACGCGGCGCCCCGCGCCUCGUAUGGGAACGUGUCGCAGCAGCAGCAGUAUGCGUACCCGGCCAGCAAUGGCGGUGGUUACGCGUACAACGCUGGCGGCAUGACCCAGUCGGGGCGUGAUGGCGCGCCGGCCCUCGGCGCCCACCGCACAACCGUCUCGAGCCUCACAGAGGACACUGACUCCAAGGGUAGGGUCUAA